UGAAGACCCUGAUAAACAAUCUGCGGGCUUGGCAAAAGUUACGCAUGCAAAUUGCUUUAUUAGACUCUCCCUGAAAAGGCCGAGCAAAAUGAAUGCAAUUCCAGGGAAUCACACCAGUGAUUCCAGCUAGGCCACACAGUACAGUGACACAGGCAAUCGUUUAUUGGAUAACCCUUCAGUAUUACGCGAGCUUUGGCCCUGGAUGCACUUCGGGGGAAAAUUGUCUCGUUACUUUGAUUACAUUUUUUAAAGUGGAGCCAAGAUGAUAUCACUCAAAAAAUUCAAGAAGGAGAACGGAGGACACCUGUUGGGCAACCUUGUGGAAGACCAGUCGGCAGACCAUGGCCGGAAACCCAGCACAAAUCACGGCGAUGUCCGACCCAGAGCCCCGGCCCGUCGGAGGUUGUCAACGAAGGGCAUCAGGAGGCCUGGUUACAAACGCAGAGUUAGUGCGCCUUAUUCUUACGUCGAGCUCAUCACAAUGGCUAUCAAGGCCUCUCCCCACUGCAUGCUCACAUUGAGAGAGAUUGUUGCCUAUCUGGAGGAAAACAACGAAUGUUUCCAGGGAAGCUACGUGGGCUGGAAGAACAGCGUCCGUCACAACCUCUCCUCCAGUCGCUGUUUCGUGAAGCUGCUGCGAAACAGCAAGAGGCCGUUCGGCAAGGACAACUUCUGGGCCAUGAAUCCAGACUGCAGCCAUUGCCAUGCAGCCAAGCCGAGCUGGCAAUGCAACAGUUCUGUCAAGAUCCCGAGACCAUCCGAGCCAUCCUUGCACCAGUUGGCUCCAAGUCAUCCAACAAUCUUCUAUGAUCAGUCCACUGUACCGGAGCCACGAUGGCAAAGCAACGGCACCCCACCUGAGGUGCAGCAUGUAGGUGGCAGUACCGCACCAAGCCCCGUUUUCGAUGAUCAGCCUAUUGAAUCAUCUCCCAUUGUAUUGCCGGCUGGAGCGAGUGUUUUACCACCCACAGUCCACAUAGAUCAACCAGUGGAACCAGCAUCAGCUUCCUCGUCAAAAGGAGAUGACACUUCCGUUCAGUUACUUCCUCUUGACUUGAGCAUGCAUACUUCGUCCACAGAUAAGUUCCACUCCCCACGCAAAGCAGCCGAAAGCUCCCGCAGUCAACCAAAUCCUUCCCCCGUAUCAGGGCUUCCUGAGGUUAGCACCCCCAGAAAUGAUGUGCAUUAUCGUACACAUCACAACCUGCCUAUUAGCCGCUUCUUGAAUUCGCCAACAGAUGAAGAGACUUGCAAAGACAACUCGUCAGUUUGUCUUCAUCCUGAGUCACGUGUCGCAGUCACAGACCAGAGUACCAUGAAACACAACACCACAAAUGCGUCUUCUUUUUCACGUGUACUGCCGUAUGUCAUGCGACGACCCUCUUCCUCGAAUCCCGACGUUUAUGGUUUCAAAUCAGCCACUCUGUGUCCAACCGCCAAGUCAUACACACCAUGGAACCUUGUGCCACGAGAUGGCGUUCCUAGAACCCCCGAAGAAGUUCGAGUUUUCGAAAGCCUGUACGAUCAUUACUGGAACCAGGCCCUUCACGAGAGAGAGGCCCUCUACCACCGUCAGGCCAAGCUUCGAAGCUGGCAUCAGUAUCCUGUGGUAUACGCUACUAGCGAUAAGUUGUCAGGGUGUACGCCCAUAUCUUCAGUACCUAAUAGUUGCUUGGGACGACCGAACUCCUGGCCCCCUAUGCAAUGUGUGCCAUUGGAGAAGCACAUUGUAUGACUGAACUAAAAAGGCUACGAUAGUAAAAAUUUACUUUGCACCUGAUAUACACGGUAUAAUGGACGUACAACAAAACCAGUCCGUCAUAAUCUGAGAAGGCUAAUGAGUUAGCCGACGACGGAGUCUCCAUUCAAGAUUAGCUCACUGGGCUUGUUUUAGAUUGUAUUUUGGUAGGAUAGUCAAGUUUCGUGGAGAAUGAAAUAUUGAAAAUUUAAUAUCUUGCUAUUAAAUGGCUUAUUACAGUGUUAACAUUUGAUAAGGUGACAUAAGUCAUUUGGCCUUUGAUAUUUUGCACAUUUUGUUUUUUUCUACGAGUUUGCUUUGUGUAUUUUGUUCAUUUUGAAACGACGUUUUGUUAUGAAACGACGUGUACUGACAACAAAUAAGAAGUAACUGGGUGAAAUUGACUGCAGCGAAAAUAGCUAAGAUUAUAAAGGAAUGAUUAAUUUUUUUCAGUUUGUAAGGCGAUUUUCUGAUUACUACAAUUGUACAUGUAUUAUUUUGUUGAGGAUUACGGACAUCUGGUAUUAAAAUAUGUUGUUGUUUUUAAUGGAAAAAUACUUCUUUCCACCGUACGGUGCUUUAUAUUGAUAUUUAUAUUGAAGAUAUUGAUCUUCCGCCACCCAUUUCACGUAAACUCGACAGUAGACCCACGUUUACUGCGGAGCAUGGGCAUUAAACUUGGGUAUAUAAUUAAUAACGUGUAUAUUACAAUGUAUAUGUACAUGUAUAUAGGGGUAAAGGCCUAACAUGUUUGAGAAGUGUCCCUCAGAUUCCCUUUUCGAAUUGCCCACAAUGUUGACAAAUCGUCACCACUCCUGUGUACGAAAACAAUGGAGUAAAGUAUGUAGUUGGCACCGUAAUUGAGCUUAUUCCCCUUCCCCGCACCACUUGACAUCUAGCUAUACUUGCCUGGAGGGCGAACUACCCUCGUAGAGUGGUAUACAUUUUUUGUACAUGUACGCAUGUAUUAAACUAUGUUACGGGUUCAUAUACUUAUUAAAACUAUCAUCAAAAUGCAUGUAGGGCCUGUGUUGCAGUUGACCAAAAUCUUUAAUCAAAUUCGCGUACAAAAUAUACAUGCAAAUGGUACUAGGGGAGAGUAAGAUCAAACAGUACACUUAACUUCUCAGGCCAAUAUGAACGAAAUUAACUGUCAAAGGGACUCGGUGUUAGGUGUAAAGAUUAACAGUGCAACAAUGUAAGCGCAACUUCGAUCAUUGUUGCCAUGGCUACAGGGCAAUUAAAACAUUUCAAUCACUGGGCCGUUUUACGCCAUAUAUGGGAUAAAACGAAUCAUUUAAAAUAUCAAGCCAAAAUUUGAAUAUGACGCCAUACAUGUGCACAGUACGAUUUUUUUCCAGUAGCUAAAUACAUAUUUCGUCUGGUAUUUUUGUCAUUAAAAAUCCAAUCAAAACCCUCCGUCCAUCUCAUAGGGCGUCGUAUUUAUUUUCUUAGAAAAAUGUCCUUUGAUUUUCCUUUCUUUUUAAUAUUUGUUCCUCAUUUUGUCGAUGAAGUAUGUCUUAAAAGAGCAUGUUCGUCCACUCAUCUGAAAAAGGGAAGAAAUAAUUACUGACAUUGAUCCAUGCUAUCAGAAGUUCUGCAUGUUCUGCUAAAAGAACCUAUUUUUUUUAUAGCUGUUCGUGGAAUGCCAUCGUUGGAACUAUUGAGCUGAGUGUAUAUUUAACAGAUUACACACUCAGGCAUUCAGAUACAAAUGAGAUUUUAA